AUGCCGGCCGCCCAGAGAGCUUGCAGAUGUUCAGAGUGUCGACGCGCACCACGGGGAUUCACAAUCCAAGACAGUAGGACUAUCAAGAAUCACCAAGAAGAAGACCUGCAUCGACUCCAAACAACCCUCCCUCCUCAACCAGUCGGCUACAACCGUGCAGAUGAUGUGCCAGGAAAUCAGGAGCAACUGGAUCCGAUGGGGCCGGAGGAGCCAGGGAUGGGUAUUGAGGGGUAUGACAUCGAUCAGGACGAAGACGAUCCAAUGUUCAACUGGGAGGAUUUGGGUGACGAGGUGAAUGACGAUACAAGCGAAGGACGAUCAACCAGCGGCAAUGAGUCAGAAGUUACGGAUACCGACAUGGUCUCUAUGACAGAGUCGGAAGGGAGACAUCCGUCUGAUGCUGGGGCAGAUAUCACGGGCGGGGAAGUCAAUGACUUAUCGGACGACCCACAUUAUCUCGAAGAUAUCGAACCCUCCAAUCACUUAUUUGACACCAUUCCUCACCACAUCCGCCCUUCUCCUAGAGCCCUGGCUAUCCUUCCCAAUUUACCCCCCUUUGUUCAUCGCUUUGUGCAUCACGACCACUCAACCCCAGAACGGAUAGCGUGGACUCAAGCGGCCGUAGCUUCUGUUGGAGGUGCCACCGUUGACCAGGUGAGCAUCGGUUUGGCAUCUUCCAAUUUCAUGAUGGCAAGUAUGGCUCCGGCACAUGAAUUGGCUCAGCCCCCUACAGCAGACCCAAAAGAAGCUCUCUCUCGUAUUGGCGUUUCUCCCGACAGCCUUUUACACAGAUAUGCAGUCUGCGAAAACGAAAAAUGCUGUGUGCUGUUUGGUAAUGCGGAGCUUUCAACAUAUGAUCACGACGAAGGUCAUGCCAUUGACAUCCUACGCCCUGAUGAACGGUGUACCAGCCGUAUAUACUUUACCAAAGGAAGAAAACGUUACCCGCUUAAAUCAAUGUUUUUUUCUCCACCAUCGGCUGUACUACAGACUUUCUUUCGAGACCCCAAUUUUGUUCGAGACAUCCAGCUGUGGCGUAUGGACAAUCACGAAGAUGACAUUGGGAUUAACGCACCAAUACCAACAUCAGUUCCUGUAGACCGUUAUCGAGUACUCACCAAUAUCAUGGAUGGGGCAGCGUGGCGCUCGCGUGAUUGCAAUGUUGUCCGUGAAUACUUUGACACAGACAACGGUCCGGUGAUGGAGGAUUUUCGUCACGGCCCGCCGCAAAGACUAGUGUCCAUGGAGUUUGGUCUGUUGGCAUCGAUAAAUGUUGACUGGUUUGGUGUGCAUGACAUUAAGAAUUGUUCUAUUGGUGCGAUAUACGUGUCUAUCUUGAACCUGCCCAGACACAUUUUUCUUCGUAAGAGAUGGACAAUUCUUGCGAUGGUAAUCCCUGGACCGAAGAUACCUACACAAACCGGCUUCAACAAUCUGAUCGCUCCUCUGAUCAGGGACUUCAAGACUCUUGAGACUGGCAUCCUGGCCUUUAUAGCUGGUCGAUCUCACCCCGCUCCUGUUUACCUCCAAGUGAUGUUCAAUGUCAGCGACAUGCCAGCCUCAAGGAAGUUAGCAGGGGUCAAGAGUCACAACUCUCAUUGGCCGUGUUGUCAUUGUCGAAUUCGAAACAGGGAUCUACAAGAUCCGUUGGCCUACGAAUGGAGGAAUCUGCCGCAUAUGAACGCAGACACUCUUGUCGGCGCUGCAUCGGCUCAUCGGACUGCAACAGUUGCACAACAGAAAGUCCUGGAGAAAGAUCAUGGUGUGAAGUGGUCUGAGGCGGUCAAAUUGUCUGGGUUUAAACACUCUGAUUUCUCCCCGCCUGAUACUAUGCACGGAGCGGCACUGGGCAUGACACAUGCCUUGGUGCUAUGGAUUUUACGAUCCGGGGUUUUAGACGAAGGUGACGACGGGCCCGAUCGAUAUCAACUUUUUGAGAAGGCUCUUACCGGAAUCACCUGGCCUUCACAUGUAGGUCGAUUGGUCAAUGGGGUUGUCUCCAUGGUCACGUCAGGAAGAGAUGCGAACAACGUCAAAGCCGAUGAAUGGUCUCGAGUUCGAGCGGCCCUGCCUUGUGCCUUGUGGUUGGCUCUCCGGUCCGACACAAAUGAUCAGAUCGCGCCGUCCUCUACACACAAUCGGCUCGAGAUCUACAGGGCUGUUGUGGACUUCUCGGCGUCAUUACGAGUCCUUCUAGCAAAGAGCAUCACCAUUGAUGCGGCUGAGGAAGCUCAAGAUCUGUUGUCAUCGGUGUGCAAACGCUUUCUACUACACGGAAUGAAUAUGACAAUAAACUGGCACAUUGCCAUGCAUUAUUCACAAUUCAUUCGAAUGUACGGUCCUGUGGGGAGCUAUGCAACCUGGUCGUACGAGAGGAACAACGGUGCGCUGGCCAAGAUUCAUUAUUUCCGGGGAGAUCACAUCCAAAUGGUUGGAACCGCGGCUCGUUUCUGGACAAAGUCUCAGCUUUUGUGGGGUGUGCUCGAGAACCCAGCUCCAGAUAUAUCCGAAACCGAAGCCAGUUACAUUGAAGAUCUCAAAUGCCGACUGCAACGUACCCGAAUUCAGGGUACUGUAUUAUUGAACGAAAUGGAUGAAGUUGGGCAAGGAAUUGAACUGCCAUUGGGAAAUCGGUCCACAAUCAACAUACGAACACACCCUUUGCAGCUUUAUCCUGGUAUCUUGUCGUAUCUUCGCUUAGCCCUUCCUGGUCAGCGGAUAAGAUCAUAUGCAGCAAUUUACGAGGAGGGCUCAGUGUUGGUCCAAGCUGGUCACAAAGAGUAUCCUUAUGUUCGCUUCAAUGGUUUCAGGUUUGUCUCUAAGUCAUACACACGGUCAAAUCGAGAUAGAUGGGCCUUAGCGGUACAUCCUACCGACAGGGCAUUGGGAAUGGCUGCAUGUAGGGUGGAGAUGAUCCUGCAACUCUGUCUCCCUGAUACAUUUGGCUCGCUGGCUGACACAGUGAUAACGGUUGCGGCAGUACGGUUUUUACAACCAGCAGACGAAGAAAUCCUACCUUGGUCAUUUAGAUCUGUCAUGCUUGCACAACAACUUACCCAUCUCCCCGAUGAAGCCAUCCCUCCUACAGUCAUCUCAGUCUCUUCUCUGUUGGCACCGGUAGCUGUAAAGGAAGUUGGGACCAUACAUGGAUCAAGGCUUGUCAUCAUGAGCUACAAUAGGGAGCAUGUGGAAGAUAGUAUGGGUUUGGAUCAGUUCGAUGAAGAUGAAUGA